ACACUCACUGCUCUGACUGCCAUCGGAGAGGUCUCCAGGAUACUGCAAUGUACUUGUAAUAAUAUUAUUAUUAUUAUUAUUAUUAUUAUUAUUAUUAUUAUUAUUAUCAUCCAACAGUGCCAUAUAAUAUUACUUCAUUUCCGCAGGAGAGACAGGUCACUUGUAGAUAAAUACAUGCCCCUCACUUCUAGCACUUUCUUUAUUGCCCAUGAUUUAAUUACAGCUCCACACUUGGCUGGACUUGAGUAAAUGACUGGUAACAAGUUAAAAUAUAUGACUCCCGUGAUUGACAGCUGGGAGGGCCAGUGAGAGGGGCGCAGCCUGUGUUAAAAGUCCUUGCUGAGUCCUGCCCCCAGUUCAUGGCAGUCUGACAGUACCUGGGACAGCUUACACUGGAUGGAAUAAGAGAGUCAGCUCCCUGCACAGAGGAUCUUGUACCUACCCCAGCUGCAGAGGUAUUCCCAGCCAUGCAGCAUUAUGGAGUGAACGGAUAUUCCCUGCACGCAAUGAACUCUCUAAGCGCCAUGUACAAUCUACACCAGCAGGCGGCGCAACAAGCGCAGCACGCCCCCGACUACCGUCCCUCGGUGCAUGCACUCACCCUGGCAGAGAGAUUGGCCGGCUGUACAUUUCAAGACAUCAUCCUGGAAGCCCGAUAUGGGUCCCAGCACCGCAAACAGAGAAGAAGUCGUACCGCAUUCACAGCUCAGCAGCUGGAGGCACUCGAAAAGACAUUCCAGAAAACACACUAUCCUGACGUGGUGAUGAGAGAGAGGCUGGCGAUGUGCACCAACUUGCCAGAGGCCAGAGUACAGGUUUGGUUUAAGAACAGAAGAGCCAAGUUUCGCAAGAAGCAGAGGAGUCUCCAGAAGGAGCAGCUUCAAAAACACAAAGACUCGGACGUGAGCAACAGUGAGGGGAAGACUGACUCCGCCCCUGCGGAGCCAGCAGCUCCCAGCCAUGAGUCCAAGAAACUGCAGAACUCCGUGGGUGAAGCCAGCAUAGAGCUGAACUUAACACUCUCAGAACAAUCUGCUGGCGAGUCCGCUGCAGAAGACCAGACUGAUAAAGAGGAGGAGCCAAAGACCCCUCUAGAAGACACAAAAGCGGAAAAAUCUUCACUUACAGACACAAAAGUUCAGAACUACAAGAGAGCAAGUCCAAAAACAGAGUUCCCCGUCAGCAGCACCAUGACUCCAUCUUCCAGCAACUGUCUGCCCCCCACUCACUCCUACUCCUCCUCACCCCUGAGCCUGUUCCGUCUGCAAGAACAGUUCCGGCAGCACAUGGCGGCCACCAACAACCUGGUCCAUUACUCAUCCUUUGAUAUGGGCAGCCCCCCGGCUGUACCCUACCUGGGCAUGAACGUUAGUAUGGCACCAUUGAGUUCUCUGCACUGCCAGUCUUACUACCAGUCCUUGUCCCAUGCCCAGCAGGUCUGGUCCUCACCCAUGCUGCAGGCCUCAGGCGCUCUUCCAAGCUUGAACAGCAAAACUACCAGUAUCGAGAACUUGCGGCUAAGGGCGAAGCAGCAUGCCGCCUCCUUGGGCCUGGACACAUUACCCAACUGAUUGUAAUCUGUGAGGGGCUGUGACAGACCCUGACUCAUUUCUAUGCACUUGGCAACAAGUAGAGUCAUUGGCUACAACAAAAUGGAGGAACUGUGGCAGCAGAAUGUUUCCCGGACUAUAUAUACCACAAAGAACUGUGUAAAGCACUGUGGUGCUACUCUGCACUGAUUGUAAUUAAACACAGGAACUGACUUGUACAACAUGAGUACCUGGAUGAGAAAUGCAGCCCAUGAAAUCAUACUAAAACAGUGAGACAUCAUUGUACCUCAAUGCCCCAGACAUAUCCGCGAGGCUAAGUGAAUGUAUCCUGUCAUCAGUGGGCAUACUGUACGUGAAACUGCAGCAGGUAGUCCACCUACAUGUUCACCUGUAAUGUAGUGCUUUGGCUAACCAGAUAAUCCUUCAUCUGCAAUGACUUUUUCUGGAAACAGCUUAUAAUGUGCCAGUGUUCUUAUCGUGAAAAUUGCACUAAGUCACCCAACACACAUAAGCAACGCAAUGACCCACACAAACAGCAUGGAAUUAUGGGAAAAUUGUAAUAAGGUGUAAUAUGUAAUGUUGUGAAUUAGGGGUUGUUAUUAUUAUGUCACUCCCCCUUCCAGGCUGUAACUCUGGCAUGAAGUACAACAACAUGGACCGAAUAAUACUGUAUAACACAGGGUGUACAAAAUAAGGGAGUUAUUUACUAAAGGUUGAUUUUCUUUGAUUUUUAUCGAUUUCAAGUCAGUGCAAAUUGAUCUCAUUCAAUGGGGUAAAUUUACUAAGGUGGGAGAUUUUUAGAACUGGUGAUGUUGCCCAUGUCAACCUAUCAGAUUCUACUUACCAUUUAUCAAGCUGCUUCUAGCAGAUAGUAGAUAUAAUCUGAUUGGUU